GGGAGAACGUGCAAACUCCACACAGAAAGGCCACAGGUGGGAAUUGACCCCAUGACCUUCUUGCUGUGAGGCAACAGUACUAACCACUAAUCCAGUGUGUUGCCAACAUGAGUGGAAACUCUCCACUGACAUACCCACUCAGCACUUUCAGAAAAACCAACAUAUGAGUAACAGCACCAGCCUUUUACGUUUUUGAACAAACCUCAAAAUAGUUAAAAAAAAAAAAAAACAACAAAAAAAAAAACAUUAGGUUUCAUGUUUCUCCUUGACUUCCAUCGGUCAGCAAAACAUUACUGAAUCACGUCAGAUUGCUUAAAAUAAAGGUUUGUUUUUCAGUUAUUUUCCGAUCACUGAUAGUUUACUCUCCACAUGAAUAUUUAUUGCAUUUGGAAUAUGUUGAUACUGAGUUUUUAGUUGUGCUGCUGACCGGUGACUGUGACUGACCUUGGAAACUUAAAAACAAGUUGGAGAAAUUGUAUAUCUCAACAAAAAUAUUUAUCUAGAGAGUUACACCCACGCACCCCCACCACCACCACUUACACACUCACGUCAACAAUUUCAUGCCCACAGACUCCACUUGUACAUAUAAGACGGGUCCUGACUCAGUGGGUGAUGCUGCAGACAGAUUUGUAUGUUUUACAUUCCGGGUUUUAUCUCGCCGUCGUCCAGCUAUGAUUUCAGCUGCAGGCCUCUCGGCAUUUUGGAUCAUUUCACUGCUGACUCUUCAGUGCUCAAUUGUAGGAGCUCCACAGUCACCAAGACACUCUGACAGUGAGCCUGAUGUUCCUUUCCCGCCUGCAAGUCCAACAGCUGAGAAUCUUGCUGCCAUUUGCAAUUUUGGGAAUUUUCGCCCCAGAUAUCUACCCAACUUCUUCCCAAAAAAUGGUUUCAGCCACUUUCGCCGCCGUGGAAAUGCCAUCAACCACCUGGAGACGUGGUACAUUUCAUGCUGUGAUGGACAAAUAUCAGACAGCCAACAGGUGCUCUGCUGUGCACAACAAGCUUGGAAACAAGCCCUUUUCCAGUUUUGUAUGGAUGAAUAUGGCACUAUGACUGCCCCGUAUUGGUGCUGUGAGGAAAAAGCAGAUGCACGGUGGGAAUGCUUUGACCGUGAGCCACCAAACCCCGGCUAUGACCAAACACCAGAUUACAUUGCACCCGCGCUGCCUCCAGAGUCUGGAUUCACCUUCAACUCAUCUACUUGCUAAGCUGAUAGUGUCAUGCUGCAGUGUGCAGAGAAUGAUACAAAUAUGAAAAAGAAAUAGAAAAGGAUGCAGGUGAUACAUUUUAACAGUAAAAUUGCAUUUGGCAUGAAAUAAUCACUCAAAUAUUGCAAGAUGCAUCAGAAUUUUACCUGCAGAGAUGCUGCCAUGGCAAGGCAAACCAAAAUUUGAAAAUGUAAUUGCAAAUAUUCAAUAGAAACUCACUUGUACCCUGUAUGGACUCCAUGUGUGUAUGUGUAUUUAUGUGUGUGUACAUUGUC